AUGGGAUUAAUUGGGAAAAAGCUGCUGACAGGGUUAGAUGAAGGGGGCUGGGAGGAUGCUGAGUGUCGCUUUAUCACAGAUUACUUCACCAGGACCCCUCGCAAACUCAACGCCUUCACGUCGUUCGCUAGCGCCGAGCUCUUUCACUUCCACGUGCCAGAGGACACGGUGGUGGCUGUUUGGAACCUCAUCACCUUCAAGGAGCAAGGGGGCAGCUUUGGAGAUAGCUGCCCGGAUCGAGACAUCACAGUGUAUUUCCGAUCCGGGGCUCCGCCAGUUAUUAACCCCCUCCACACCCGGUUUCCGACAGACACCAUUGUGCCAGGAUCGUUCGCAGUCACUCUGACAUGGACUCUUCCAAACCGCACAACAGGGGUGUUCAACAUCACCAACCCGCUCCUGGGAGACUGGUUCCUUGCUGCUCACCUACCAAAGGAUAAAGGGAAAAUCUCAGUCAAGGGCCUCUAUGAGGAAUGUCAAUACCUCUUCCAACCCCAAUUGAUUGUGCAGAGAUUGAUUGGGAUCCCUGUCGUGUAUCCUGGUUACGUGAUAGAUCAGAUGAUCCCAGGACACAACAGAUCAGUACUCUACAAGGUUUUCGUUCCAAGCUACACCUCCCAGGUGCUGGUUCAGCUCUCAGACUGCAGCAACAGUAACAGGACGGUGAGGGGCUGCCCGGUGCUGCUGAGGGUCAGGGCAAAGGCCCCCCCACUCCACAACUCCACCCGGGUAGACUGCCGGGAUCGGCGGGUCUGUGAGCUGCAAGAGAAGGCCCCGUUCUGGCAGCAAUGGUACUACAUCCUCGUGGAGAAGACCGUUCGCAGCGUUGACGUGAACUUCCGGGUCGGAGUUCACAUCAGAGAUUGCUCCAAGCCCAGAAUUUCCAAGAGCGUCUCCGAGCUGAUCACCCCAACGCUAAACAUGCCGCAGUCGUUCGGCUCCCCCGGACGCCCGUCCAUCCUCGACACCCUCCUCGUCACCGGACUCGGCCCCCGGGGGCUGAAUGAGUCGGAGGGAGACUCGGCAGAGGGUCCGCCCCGGGAGGGCGUGGGUCAGCGGGACGGGGUCACCAUGGGAGAACGGUGCUGGCCCAUCCGUCCCACCCUCAGGAACGAGCUGGACACUUUCUCCGUCCAUUUCUAUGUAUUUUUCGGGCCCAACAUUUCUGUGCCGCCUGACAGGCCAGCUGUCUUUGUGAUCAACCUGGUUCCGGUCCUGGACAGUGGAGGCGUCCUGAACAUGGAGCUAAAAUUCAACACAUCCUCAGUGAAAGGAGAGAACGUGACUGUGAUUGGCUGCUUGAACCACGGAAUGCCUUUGACAUCAUCAGACAACACGUCGAUCAGUUGUGAAUCAGAAACUUCUGCAGGGUUUCUCUUGGUGGUCAACUCCACCUCAAAUGUUUCCAGAUUGCGCAUCCCUUACCCUCAGACAGGAAACUGGUACAUCGCUCUACGUUCCCUCUGUUCUGUUGACUAUGGGUAUGAAGUGUGCAACAACGUGACAGCAGAGGUGUAUCUGAGGACGUACCUGACCCCGUGCAUCAACGAGUGUGGUACUUACGGGCAGUGCAAGCUCCUGCGCACCAACAACUACCUGUACGCUGCCUGCGAGUGUAAAGCAGGCUGGAAUGGAUGGGGCUGCACUGACAACCUGGAGGCUUACUCAUACGGCUUUCAACUCCUCUCCACCCUCUUGCUCUGUCUCAGCAACCUCAUGUUCGUCCCGCCGGUUGCCAUAGCGAUACGCAGCGAAUAUCUGCUGGAAGCCUCCGUCUACAUUUUCACCAUGUUUUUCUCCACGUUUUACCAUGCCUGUGAUCAGCCCGGGAUCGUGGUCUUCUGUAUCAUGGAGUACGAUGUGCUGCAGUUCUGCGAUUUCCUGGGGUCACUCAUGUCUGUCUGGGUCACUGUCAUCGCCAUGGCGAGACUGCAGCCAAUCAUCAAGCAGAUCUUGUACUUACUGGGAGCUAUGUUGCUGUCGAUGGCCUUGCAGUUGGAUCGGCAUGGACUGUGGAACCUCCUGGGGCCAAGCCUCUUUGCUCUUGGCAUCAUGGCCAUUGCUUGGACUGUGCGUACGAUCAGGAGACGUCAUUGUUACCCUCCGACGUGGAAGCGCUGGGUUUUCUACCUCUUCCCUGGCACGAUCAUUGCCACAUCGGCUGUGGCGCUCUAUGCCUUUGUGGAGACCGAGGAGAACUACUUCUACAUCCACAGCAUCUGGCACAUGCUGAUCGCUGGCAGCGUGGGCUUUCUCCUGCCUCCUACCUCCAGGCCAGAGGGAGGGGCAGGGGGCGGAGGAGUCGUCCCUCUGCCGAGGAAGAGGGGGUGCGGAUACCGGCUCUGCGUCAACGAGCACGAGGAGAUGGGGCUGGUCGACCCGGGACUGGUGUCUGUCAACAGUAUUUGCAGCAGCUGAUGUUUCUCAACUGGAGACUGCGGUAAAGCAACCAACAUCCUCUCUCUUUUCGUGAACAGACGGAAGGAACAUCGCAAGGAGAAAGAGAGAGGGAAAUACGAACAGGUGCUCUGUAAAUAAAGUCGACCUGGCGAGAGCACACGGGACUGGGCGGUUCCAGAACUUUCCAUCCCGCCAAAGGAAACACCUGUUGUCUUCUCACUUCCUGCCCUCAGCCACCUCAAGAACUAUUUGUUCAGGAAUGCAAGAGGGGAGAGGGGAGGGCUCACCCUCCACCCCCCCCCCCCCGUUA